GUUCCCUGGUUGACCUCUGCUUCUUAACUCUAAACCUAAACUCAGUCCUUGUACUCGGUGUACUUUUUGGCCGAUCCGUGCACCUUGCUGGCGGGGUAUUUCAGUCGGUUCAGGGCCAUUUUACGAAGCACCGCUUGGGGAAGGUCGACGUGACACUUCUCGGCGAGCUCCACCAGGUAGAUCAUCACGUCGCUGAGUUCCUGUGCCAGCUGCUCUCGCUCGCACUCGGUCCAGUUCGGCAGGCCCUCGGCCACCUCCCCCCGCCACUGGAAGAGCUCCGACACCUCGCCCACUUCACCGACCAUAGCCAGGAGCAGGUUGCGGGGCUGGUGAAACUGAUUCCAGUCCCGCUCGUCCGUGAACUCCGCCUGCAUCCGCCUGAUGUCCUCAAUGGUGGGCUCGGGGCUGAAGGUGAACCUCUCCGCCCCGGUUCCUCCAUUCUGCAGCCUUGAGUGAGACGAUGCCUCCAUUGCUGCUCCGUUCACCACAGCGGAGUGUGACUUGUUAGCAAAAGCUUCGUUGCUGCAGUGUGAAGAUACCGAUGGCACGUCACCAUUUAUUCCACAGGCGUCCUUUCCGUUUUUAGCCAUCAUUGUCGUAUGGUUUUUAUCAGCGGUGCCUCUUGAAUGCAAGUUCUCAAACUCCGUAAACAAGCAACUAGCAUGACAUGUGAAGAGGUCCCGCCAAUUGUCAAAACGGAAAUGAUGCAGCUCGUGUCGGAAACCAGAAUCCUACCGAGACUGGGCUUUGUAGUUUUAACAUGUAAGCUAGUAGCGUUCACGCACAUAUAGCACGUCACUUUAAAAAAACUACAGCUCCCGUGUUCCCCGGAACAUUACAACAUGGCUGCCUCCUCUGUUGCAGCAAGUGAGCUGCUCCAUAGUAUGAAUAAACGGCUAUCGAUAGUUUAUCCAAAGGCGUCGUUUGUUAUCAGACGGAUAAACACAUCAAGCCCACGAUGCGGCAGUCAACCGCAGCUGAGAGCGAAAAGGGCUCCCCAGCAGCUGGUUGGAGUGGUGGGCUUGGAAGUCCAUGCCCAGAUUAACUCCAACACCAAGUUGUUCUCUGGCUCAGGGGUUCGCUUCUCAGCACCUCCAAACUCCCUGGUGUCGCCUUUUGAUGCAUCCUUACCAGGCACGUUACCCGUCCUGAACAAACGAUGUGUCGAGGCAGCUGUGAUGACAGGAUUGGCUCUCGAUUGCACCAUAAACAGGAAAUCACUGUUUGACAGGAAACACUACUUCUACGCGGACCUCCCUGCUGGAUACCAGAUCACUCAGCAACGGCGGCCCAUUGCAGUUGAUGGCAUGCUGACUUACAGCCUCCUCGGAGGGAAAAAGAGGAGCCAGGUGAUCAGAAAAACUGUCAGCAUCAAACAGAUUCAGCUGGAGCAGGACAGCGGCAAGAGUCUCCAUGAUGACCUCCGCAGCCAGACACUUAUAGACCUCAACAGAGCAGGUGUAGGUCUAAUGGAGCUGGUGAUGGAGCCAGACAUGAGCUGCGGAGAGGAGGCUGCUGCAGCUGUCAGAGAGCUUCAACUCAUCCUGCAAGCCCUAGGCACCUGUCAAGGCAACAUGUCUGAGGGCCAGCUGAGAGUAGAUGCCAACGUAUCCGUCCACAGACCAGGUGAGCCCCUGGGCGUCAGGACAGAGGUGAAGAACAUCAACAGUGUUCGAUACCUGGCCAGGGCUAUAGACUACGAGAUCAAGAGACAGAUCGGAGUCCUGCAGAGAGGGGGGGCGGUGCAAAACGAGACCCGGGCGUAUGAUUCCAAAUCAGGGGAGACCAUUCCUAUGAGGGACAAAGAGGGUCUUCAGGACUACAGGUUCAUGCCAGAGCCCAACCUGCCCCCUCUGAUUGUGUAUGAGGAUAACGCAUCGCUGCCCUCUGGCAUUGAUGCAUGCCAGGCGGUGGUGGUGCAGAAGAUAAGAGAAGGGCUGCCAGAGCUACCCAGUGUCAAAAGAGACAGGCUCGUGCAAACGUACGGCAUCCUGCCCGAGCACAGCUUCACUCUGGUGAAUGAGGACGGGCUGGUGGAGUACUUUGAGGCGGUGUUGAAGGCGACCAAGAUGCAGCCGAGGAAGGUGAUUGGCUGGGUGACAAACGAGCUGGUGGGUCACCUCAAACAGCAAGACAUGAGUGUGAACCAGAGCCCAAUCUCUCCUUCUGCCCUGGCUGAGCUGCUGGAACUCCAGGAAACAGGACACAUCUCCUCUUCGGUUGCCAAGCAGGUGUUCCAGGAGAUGUGGAGGUCAUCGGGCAGGACGGCCCCUGAGAUAAUCCAGGAGCAGGACUUGGGUCUUGUUAGUGACACCGCACAGCUGCACAGCAUCUGCCAGAAGGUGGUAGACUCGCACCCUGAUGAGGUCCACGCCAUCAGAAAUGGAAACGAGAAAGUUCUGAACAAGCUGAUGGGCCUGGUUCAGAAGGAGACCAAAGGCCGAGCCGACCCAGUUCUGGUGAGGGCAAUCUUACGCGAGAAGACCUCAUGAAGGUCAGACUGUUCUGCGAGACGCAGCCAGAUGACAGACACCGAGUCAAAUCAUGGCACACGUGACAUUCAGGAAACGACGGACGAUACGACGGUGAUGUUUGUAGAUCUGUAUGAAAAUGCAAAGUAAUCAUGUCCCUGUCACACGGCAGUAUAUGGUACCUGGUCUUCAGUGGGUUGAUGAAAUAAAAGUAUUGACGGUCAAGCUGAAAAUGAAGCUACCAUCCUUACUUCCUGACAGGUUGGUAUUUUUGUAAAUACUGAACAAUAGUUUUCACCGGACUGCAACAAUUAUCGUCCGUAUUUAUGGGUUUAAAAAGAAAUAAAGCUUUUCAGAUUAAUGCUCUCUGUGGCAGUGUGUCAUAUUAACAUUGGGUUUGUUUUGUCAGACAAAAAAGGCAUCUUGGAUCCCAAGAUACAGAAGGUUACUAUUUUUUUCUUAUUCUGACGAGGUGAUAAGAUUUAAUGAGACUUCUAAGGAGGAAAAGUAAAGUUCACUUGAAAAAUGAUGCACGUUGAUUAACAGUGGCGAACUAAUUAAAUGUUCAUGGCCCUUUUUAGGAAAUAAAAAAAAGAUUGAUUUCAAGAACAAUUCCUCUAAACACUCCUGCAUAUAAUUCAAUACAACUUUAUGUUACAUUGACCACUGCCAUAUUGGCAAUUAUGAUCAUUUUGUGGCCUGAAAAUCCCACUGGACGAAGAUGAAAUUGCUGACAUGACAGCUCUUUAAUUCAGUAAGAGGAAAACCGAAAGCCUUUCUGUAUGAGAGCGAUCAAUGAGCUCCCUCUUGUGGUUGAAGCAUGUCAUUGCCUUCUAAUACUAUCUAUAUUAUGGUGCAAUAAAUAUGGAUUCUCUCUUGUAUUGGCAUCUCCAUCUUGUUUCAGUCCCUAAAGGGCUUUCUUAAACGUGUCUGCCUCUUCUUAUCGACACCUUCUCUUUUGUGAUAAUAGGAAAUAGGAAAUUAAGACAAUAAAAUGGCUGUUACCUGA